GAGAUCGUUCCAGUGACCACAGCCCCGCGAGAACGCAGGCAACCAACUCACGUCGUCGUCCACCUCGACUCGCUUGGUCAGCGAUCCAACGAUUACCUACCUACCCGAGACAACUUACGGCGGCAACUGUUCGAUUGCGCAAUCCGCUGCCACCUAGCCGCUCUUCAUCACUCUUUAUUAGAGCGGACAACCGACCACAGCUCCCGCAACCAUGGCGUCCCCCAACCCCAACUCCGAGAAAGACGAAACCUCAUACCUCAAGAUGUCGUCCGCCGACGUCGAAAGCCGCGGCACCGACGCGGCCCUGAUCGGGUCGCACUGCCAGUACAGCUACUGCAACCAGCUCGACUUCCUCCCGUUCCAAUGCCAGUCCUGCAACAAGACCUUCUGCCUCGACCACCGCACCGAAGACGGCCACGCAUGCACGAACCCGGGCGCGUGGGCGGCGCGCAAGCGCGAGGCCGAGCUCGCCAAGCACUCGGCGGGCGAGGGCCGGCGCAUGCGCGACCUCGUCGCGCAAAAGCCCUGCGCCGACGAGGGGUGCAAGACGACGAUCGGCACGGCGCUGGUGCCGGGCGUGCACUGCGCCGGCUGCAACCGCGACUACUGCCUCAAGCACCGGCUCGGGGAGGACCACGCGUGCAGCAGCAAGACGCCGAUCGGGGCGCGGGCGGCGCGCGCCGCGCAGGCGGCCGCCGUCGCGGACGGGGCCAAGAGCGCGCUCGAGCGCUUCCGCCUGUGGGGCCAGGCCAAGAAGCAGCAGGCCAAGGUGACGUUCGCGUCGCCGGGUACGAAGUCGAAGGCCGCGCAGAUGGUCGCGGUGAAUAACCUCAAGAAGACGGCCAAGGGCGACGCCAAGAUCGCGCCCGAGAAGCGCGUCUAUCUGUAUGUGGAGGCGGAGGCGGCCACGGCCAGGGCCAAGCUCCCCAAGGGCGAGUUCUUUUACUCGCAGGACUGGGUGGUGGGCAGGAUGCUGGACGCUGCGGCGCGGAGCUUGCAGGUGCAGAAUAUCAAUAACCAGUCAAACUCGGAGGAGGAUAAGUUGCGGGUGUUCCACGUAGAAGGAGGGAGGAUGUUGGAGUUUAGCGAUAAGCUGGGGACGGUGUUACAAAGCGGCAACACAGUUGUCUUGCUGAGAGGCGUUGGGCCACCGCCGGAUUUGAUUGAAACUUGAUUGGGGUAAGGAAGGAGUUCCAUCUUCGCAUGGUUUAGCAUAGCGUUUGGGAUUUAUACCGGCGUUUGGGGAUAGAUACGGGGUUGGGUGGUGGUUGAAUGGGGAAGGCAACCUAGGCACCAAUAUUUGCUUCCAGUAAUAACAUACGUUCAUCGAAAGACUAGUAAACAGCACCACCGAAAGCCGUA